UUUCUAAACUAAAAAUGGUGAAGCUAGUAUCGGCUCGAGAAUGUCGGUCUUACGGACCCCGACAGUCAAGAAGAAGGGCUGAAUACAUGAACGCAGGCCUUUACCUUUUCUCUGCUUUGCUUCUAAUUAGCGGUUACGCGGCACAACUUUCAGGUCAAAUCAAAUUGGGACUUAUUAUUCUUCUAGUUUCCUUUUCUAUCAUCAUCGCCGUUAAUCUCCACGAUCUGUUUGCCCAUCUCGCCGGCAUUGAUUUCCGGCUUGGUUUGAUGGGAUUUGACCGGCAACUUGCUCUUGUUGAAUUCGCCGUGCCGGUUGUUCAGGCCGCCGGUACUCUCCUCUCAUUUUUGGGAAUUAUUUUCCUUUUUAUUCAGGAAAAGAGAGACAGUUACUUCACCUCGGAAAAACAUGCAAUGGGCAUGCUCAUUGCAGGCCCUGCUUUGUGGGUUCUUGGUUCGAUUCUGAAUUCUUGUCAAAUAUACGAAAGAGCAGACGGACAUGUUCAAUUGUUGCAGCACAGCGUUCAAAUUCCUUUCUUAAUCGGAAGCUGCAUGUUCUUGGUCGGUGCCAUUCUCAAUAGCCGAGCAUAUGAAAUAGAUCGCCAUGGCGUACAUUUAUUGGUAUAAACAUCUCAAAUUUAAUGAACUCAUGGUUAGAUAAUUUAAUUUGUAACAUAUUAUGAAUCUAGGAUGGAAGUUAUUGGACGUGGUUGGGAAUGUGCGGGAGCUUAUUAUGGUUAAUAGGAGGACUAAACAAUGUGAUGAAAGUAUUUAAGAUGCAACAAAUGGAUGGUAUGAGGCUGGAGAAACUUAGAGGUGGAGCGCAAGAACGGUUGGUGCAUGGAAGGGAAGGCCAUGCACCACUUAUUGCAGGAGAGGAGCAACGGAGGCCAAGGAAGGCUAGUCCCGAGGAAGGGAGAUCGUCGGAGGAGGUAACAACUUACAAGGAUGCACUUGUUCGUCAGGCGGCUUGAUUGUGUUUGUCAUGUCGUGUUAAUGCCAGGUUUUUUGUUGUUACUUGUUAGAAUGAACAAAGAAAAUGUUAUUGUUGGUUUCUUUAAAUGUUCGUGAAGGCUCAAAUGUAUGAUUUGUGACU